GAGUGUCGUUUCUUACAAACCCAAAUGACACACACGACUCCGCAAGUAUCACCGUCGGAUGGGUUUUGAGCAGCCUACGACACCAUGGCCGUGAAGCCUCAGAAAUCAUUUAGGAAAACGACUCUGGUUGAUAACAUCCCCCCAUCCUCAAAGGUUUUUUGAACCUGGACGACACCCUCAUCGUCGUCGUUUUCUGGGUUUCUUCUUCUUCCUAAGAUUUCUGGUCCUAUCAGAAAACCCUAAUUUCAAUCUCAGGUUUGUUCAUAUUGGUGAUCCAAAUGGAGUCACAUGUGGAUCCUGGACCAAUUGACAAGUCUUUACUUUAUGAUCAAGACAAUCACAUUAGUUCUGCUAUUUGGGAUGGACAGGAGCGUGGUGUGCUUAGAUGUCAUGAACACACUUCAAUGCUUGAACACUGGAAACUCACACCUAGGCAAAUGGUGUUGGUGGAGAAGGCCGGAUUCGGGUACUUCAGAACAAUUCCGACAAUUAUUCUUGACAAUUCACUCAUCUCGGCCCUUGUUGAAAGGUGGAGGAGAGAAACAAAUACAUUUCAUUUGCCUGUUGGAGAAAUGACUAUAACACUUGAAGAUGUUGCACUUAUACUGGGGCUACCAGUUGACGGAAAUCCUGUUAUAGGCCCUACAGUGAGGACACCCAGCAUAGUGUGUCAACAGUUACUGGGGAAAGUACCGAAGGACCUAAAUGGGGGAAUGUUGAAGCUAAAUUGGUUGAGAGAGUUCUUCUCCAAAUGUCCUGAUGAUGCAUCAGCUGAAGAGACGGCAUGCCAUACACGUGCUUACCUCCUAUAUCUUGUGGGCUGUACAAUAUUUUCCACAACUACUGGCAAUAAAGUCUCUGUUUCUUUUCUCACACUAUUUGAGAAUUUUGAUGAAGCUGGAAGAUUUGCAUGGGGUGCGGCAGCAUUGGCAUUCCUCUACAGAGCUCUUGGUAACGCCUCCCUUAAAUCUCAAGGCACAAUUAGUGGCUCUUUGACACUAUUGCAGUGUUGGAGUUAUUAUCACCUGAAUGUUGGCCAACCAAAGUUCAAUGAGGAGCCAAACCAGGGUUGUUUUCCAUUUGCACUUAGGUGGAAAGGACGAUCUAGUGGAACAAGAUCGAAAACUAACAUUAGUGCCUACCGCAAGGCCCUGGAUUCCCUUCAAUACUAUGAUGUAAGAUGGUGUCCUUACAAAGAUUUGGAUUCUACAGUUAUACCCGAAGAUAUAAACAGUAAUCUCAUUUUACGGACAUCAAAAACUAUGUUGAUAUGCUUUGGUAAGGCAGAAAGACACCUCCCAGAUCGUUGCCUGAGGCAGUUUGGCAUGCUUCAACCUAUCCCGGAGCAUCCUCAGAAAUGGGAGAGGAAGAUUCCCGCUUUUGAUCAGGGAUUAGACUUUUCAAAGGAGAUGGAGGUGGAACUGAAAGGGAAAAUACGCUCAGAGAUUAGGGAAUGGUUAGAGCGUGGUUUCUACAUUGUGGAAGACGAGGAAGGUGUGGAUGAAAGCGAGUACAUGGAUUGGUAUGAGAAAAUUACUCGUAAAUAUGUUGGGAGGCCUGAAUCUUUAGAAUCUGAGUUUCAAAGAAUGGUUGGUGCUAUGAGAGAAAUAGAAAAUAUAGCUGAUUCUUUGCCAAUGGCAGAGAUGGGUUCGCAAGAUAGGAAGUUGCUUGCUGAAGUUAAGGGCACAUUGCAGUCAUGCUUUAAUGAUGUUGUUGGAAAUUCAAAAAGGGGUAGGAGUAAGAAUGCUGUAAAACGUAAGAGGGAGGGAGGAUGAUCCAAUCCGAUUGGGCGGCCAAAGUAAGCGACACAAGAUGAAGCAGAUGCGGCAAGCAGAUGAACCAUGCUCUUUGGUAUAUGUGGCAAAUGCAUUUGGUUGCGAGAAAGUGCUUCCAUUAGUGUUAGAUAGAUGGACUAUGACCGUAUUGAUUUGGUUAUUAGGUUUUCUCAAAAUUAUAUUUAUAGCUAUAAGAGAAAAUCUUUGAACGUUGUGCUUGGUAAAAUUUUGGGCGUUGCUACGAUGUAAGAACUGUUAAUGCUGAGUGUUUUUGUGAAAAAAGGAAGUAGAAAGUAUUGUACAUCAACCAAAGGUCUAACAGAUGGGGGGGUUAGACUUAGUUUUCUAA